CGUGGACCGCCUCCGUGACUCCAGGCACCGAGAUAGCUUAGUUAAGGGCGGGCCGUGGUUUGUCACCUUACAAGCACCGCCUCAACGGGCAUAUUCCAACUCCCUCCCUCUGACCAGUUGAAGCAACCUGUCAUCCGCCGAACAUUGCCUCAUUGUAUAGUCUGGGUCUCGCUCGUCCUGGCCAUCUGCUUCUAGACUGCGUGCUUGAUGCCAGCCACCAUGCCGCACCAGCAUCGUCUGGCCUCUGACCCCGCCACAGCCACGACUUGACGAUCCCUCCGCAACCGCAGAAGACAGAACGACGACCACAACGACACGACCUCACAGGAACGAAGACGCACACAACUAUGAACACCUCCGAGAAACGCCGCCCCGUAGCGGGCAGCGGCUCCGGGUCCCCCUUGCGCUCCGGCGCCUCCUCCAACCCCAACCGCAACAGCAUGCCGGCGCCACCGCCCCGGGCCGCCAUGAUCACAAACGCCGUGUCCAGCGCCGAGGAGCCGCACGAGGGCGGCGUGCCCCUGACGGACCGCAAGGACAAGGACCGGCCCGACUCGCGCACCGGCAGCAUCAAGGACAAGGACCGCGACAAGGAGCGCAAGGAGAAGGAGCGGCGCGAGCGGCGGGACAAGAAGGACAAGGACCGCGAGCGCGAGCGCGAGGCGGCCAUCCGCGAAAAGGACGAGCGCAUCGAGUACCUGGAGAACGAGAUGACCAUCAUGGAGCGCGAGUUCCACCGCGAGCUCGACAAGCUCAGCCAGAACGAGAGCGAGACGGCCACCUUCUGGCAGGCCAAGCACAGCGCCCUCAACCAGCAGUUCCUGCGCACCGACACGGAGCUGCGGCUGAUCCGCGCCGAGGUCGAGGUGCGCGAGGGCGAGCGCGAGGAGCUGCGCGAGGGCUGGGCCGUGCUGCGCCGCGAGCUCAAGGAGCGCGACGACGAGAUCCGCGGCCUGAGGGGCCAGGUCCGCGGGCUCAAGGAGUGGGUGAGCAGCAGCACCCGCACCGAGGGCCAGACGUGCGACGAGACGUUUGGCGACGGCAUGACGCGGCUUGGGAACGGCCUGCAGAACUGGGUUAUUGUUAACUUCCGCAAGGCCAAGCUGAAUCUGGAGAACUUAGACGAAGCAACAUUGGCAGAACUAAACGAAUUGGUCCCUAUGUAUGAAGAGCUCAUUCACACAGCAAAGGUGCACCUCCUCCAAUGCAUCGUGUCCAGGAUCCUGGUCGACAUGGUCUUCGACUCCUACUACGUCGGACUAUCAGACGAGCAAGAGCAGCACUUCCGCCAGGUGGAAAAGCUCCUCUCAUCCUUUGCCGCCUCCGACGAGCCCGUCAACCAAUGGCGCUCCUCAACCCUCACCAUCCUCCGCCGCGACGCCCCCGAGCAGCUCGCCGCCGCCGCCGCCGCCCUCUCCGAAGCGGCCCUCACGCGCAUCACGCGCCUCCUCGACGCCCUCGCCGGCACCUCGCCCUCCGACGCGCGCGACUCGGGCCUCCGCGUGCUCGUCAACAACUCCAUCGAGCUCGCGCGCCUGCUCGUCGUCCAGCGCGCCGUGCUGCGCAUCCACAUGCCCGCCAUCCUGCCGCACCAGCGCGUCAUGUUCGAGCCCGAGACCAUGGAGGACCUGGGCGGCGAGGACGAGGAGGCGCUGGCGACGCGCGAGAUAUGCUGCGUUGCGUUUCCCGGCGUCAUCAAGCACGGCGACGAAAACGGCGGCCACCUGCAAUACCGCAAUGUCAUCGUCAAGGCGAGGGUGUUGUGCAGUCCUGAAUAACGGCAUCCAUAAUCCACGAGAGCAUGGCGCGGAUAUUGCCGUCUACUCUGGCCAUUGAAAUUAUUAUCCAAAAGACCAUUGACAAUAGCGACCCGAGGGAGAAACCCUCCCAAUCAAUACUUAACCGGCGUCUUGAGCGGCGCCAUAUAGAGAAAUCAACAGCUUCUCAUUACGAAAUACCCCAUCGCCUGGUUUGAAAGCUUCAGCCCUCGGUCGGGUCUCCAGUGUUUCCUUCUGCAAUUCGGACGAGCCAUUCCUGAAU